CGACAACAAUGAAUUGAUACUUUGUAAUAAAUGUUUCCAUUACGUGUAAAUAUGAAGGGAUUUCGAAGUGUAUGUGAGUUUAAAUGCUGGGCGCGGUUUCCAGUUCCUGCGCAUGUUUAUUGCUGUUCCUGAAUGCGGAAGACAAACAAUUGCAGCCAAGCAAGGACUUCACACGCAAAGAACUUCUAACAUCUCAAACGUAACAAUGUUCCCAAAUCAAGGUCCAUCCAAUCCAGCCUUUCCCCCUGGCUACAACCCUGCGUACCCCUCCGCCCCCAACGCAGGUGCCUUCCCGCAGCCCCCGCGUCAACAGUACCCGCCCGCACAGUAUCCAGCAGGCGUCAACCCAAUGAUGCCCACCGUCCCUCCGGGUGCAAUGCCCUACCCGGGGGUUCCAGGACCACACGCUUACCCCGUGGCCCCCGGCGGCUAUCCGGUAGCCCCUGUGGGAGGUGUCCACCCCACUGCGUACCCACGCUCCCCGAAGGGCCACCACCACAAAAAAAAGGGCCAUCAUAACAAGGGUCAUCAUCACCACGGGGGUGUCAACUCCCUUAAUCCCUUGAUGGGGGCAGUAGGUGGGGGCUUGGCUGGCAUGGGUUUGGCUGGCAUGGGAAUGAUGGGACACAAAGGUCACAAGAAGUUAAAGAAGCUGAAGAAAGGGCACAAAACGCACGGGCACCACAAACAUGGAGGCAAGUCUUCCAGUAGUAGCAGCAGCAGCAGUAGCAGCAGUGACUCCGACUGAGGCCAUCAUCCAAUGUGUAAACAUUAUGCCGCCACACAAUUGUGUCUAAUUGCUAAAAGCCAAUAUUAAUAAGAAUUAACAUGAUUUGCUUUGUAUAUACAGUACUUCGAUUGAGUUAGACGUUUAAUGUUUAGUGUAUAUUUUAGGAUUUUUGGAAUAACAUAUACCACUAGUUCAUGGGAUUUGCUCUGUGUUGUUCUAGAAAUCUGUCUCUAAACCUGUUACAAUUUUUGAUUGUCCUACCACUGUUUUAAAAUGAAUGCAUUAAUCUUUAAUAUGGCGAUUUUUCCUGUAAUAAAUGCAUAAAAACUACAAA